GGCGGGAACGAUGUGGAAUGUAAAUCUAUCACCACUUGAAAGCACAGUUAGUUAGCGAGAAGGAUUUGUUAUUGUUAAAAUGUUAAAAUUUAGCACUGUAUUCAAACUUGCUAUGGUGAAAUACUGUAGAUGUUAUCUUCGGGUGGAAUGGACUCUUUCUUUGGAUUUCCUUGGGACAAACUAAGAGAUUGACCCCACUGAUCAGUGAGUCAUCCUCCGAAGGUCAGCAAAUGGUGACCCUGUUUACUGAGCCUUCGUGCCCACCAAGGGUUCCCGAUCCUGGCUUCCACUCCAGCCCUUGUGGUUCAGUAGUCUGCACGGCAAGACCAGAGGGCAGCUGCAUCAAGACUUGCAUCAUGCCAGCCAUGCUAAACGGUGAUGCUGACGUGCGUGGCCAAUUGGAUCAAGCGGAUGCACUGAUUUUGACUUCAGGGAAGAGCUACAGUUACUCAUGCGGAUGGACUGAUGCCAUACUGAGAGAGCUGACUGGUGGAGGGCACAAUCAUGGAGGAAAUUGACUUUGAACAGCGCCGGGAACUGAGGAGGCAGAAGCGGGAGGAGAUGCGUCUGGAGGCCGAACGGUUGGCAAGAAAUGAUGAUGAUGAGGAGGAGGCGGCCCGCGAGAGGAGGCGCAGGGCACGCCAGGAGAGGCUGAUGAGCAGGGAGAGUGAGGAGCCCAGUGGACAGCCAGACAGUCUGGUCAUGACCAACAGUCACAGUGUGACAGAGACUGUGAGCAGCUCUUAUGGAGGAGGCGGCGGAGACGACGAGGAACAAGCCCUGCAGGAGCGCAUGUCCAAACGCGAGGAGAGACGGCAGAGACGCAUGAAGGAGGCACUGGAGAGACAGAGGCAGCUGGACCCCACCGUGAGUGAGGACAACGACCACGUCGCCACGGAGAAAAACAACGCAGAAGAGGAGAGGCCAUCCUCCUGGCGUAGGGGUCGUUACCGUGACAAUGAGGAUGAAGAGGAGAAGACAGAGAUGUACAGCUCUAGGAGAGAGGAGAAGGAGCGAGAGGAGCCGAGGGAGGAAGAAGAGGCUGCUCCUGAGGGUGGAGAGGAAGCAGAGGAGGGUGUAGAUGAAGAGGAGGAGCAGAAAGUGGAAGUGGUGGAGGACAAACCGAGAAGGUCUUACUUGAGAGAACAGGAAUCAACUGAAGAACCUAAAAUUCAAAACAAGGAACUCGCUGAAGAAGAAACACAUUCAGUAGUCAGUGAGAGUUCAAACCAGGCCAAGGCAACAAAUUCAGAGGCUGAGGAGGAUGCAGUUGCAUCAGAGGAGGCUGAAGAGGUGAAUGAGCGAGGCGGGGCCAGGGAGGAGAGGGAGGAGCAGGGAAAGCAGAACGGAGGGCUGUAUGAGGAGGCGGCUCCCAAACAGCACAGGAAACCUGAGAGGACCCUCAGUCGCGGCAGUGUACGUUCCCCCGAGGCGUCCGCAGGUGACGACCAAGACGACGCUGCCCGCCUGGAGGCAGAGCGCAAGCUGGAAGAGCUGAAGCGGCGCCGCGACGACGCAGAGAGCGAGGAGUUUGAGAGAAUGAGGCAGAAGCAGCAGGAGGCCGAAGCCGAGCUAGAGGAGCUGAAGAGGAAGAGGGAAGAGAGGAGGAAGGUGCUGGAGGAGGAGGAGAGGCAGAAGAAGCAGGAGGAGGCGGAGAAAAAAGCCAGAGAGGAGGAGGAGAAGAGGAAGAUGAAGGAGGAGAUUGAAAGGAGGAGAGCAGAGGCAGCUGAGAAGAGACAGAAGGUGGAAGACACUAUGGACGGGGAGGACAGACCCUUCAAGUGUGUCAGCCCUCGAGGCUCCUCUCUGAAGAUUGGAGAGAGGGCAGAGUUCCUGAACAAGUCGGCACAGAAAAGCACGGUGAAGAUGUCUCAUUCUCCCGCAGUGUCCAAGAUAGACAACAGGCUGGAGCAGUACACCUCAGCUGCUCAGCAGAGAGAGAACAAGGAGUCUCGAUCCCCUCGCUCUGGAGCGGUGGAUCUGCCCAUGGUCACCGACGGCAUACGAAACAUCAAGAGCAUGUGGGAGAAAGGCAACGUGUUCACCUCACCUGGAGGUGGCGGGAGCACGUUCAAGGAAGCAGCUGUGAUGAAGACAGGCGUGGCAGGCCGCAUCAACGACUGGCUGAAUAAAACCCCGGAGAGGGCCAAAACAUCAGGAGAAAGGCCAGCGGACCUGAAGCCUGUUGACGUCACCAACAAGAGGAGUCUAUGGGAAAACAAAGGUGCCUCUCCAACCAAGGUGGCAGGCAGAGGGGAGACCAAAUCAGUCGCCAACGGUAUGGGACACUAAUGUCUUGAAGGAGCCACUAAAGCUGGGGACCACGACAAUCCAAGACUCUUCCUUUGACUUUGUCUUAAGAACCAAAUAAAUGAUCACACUCCCAAGAGGGACCCCAAGAAAACCGAGGGACAGGAGAGACGCUGUCCAAGCACUGUACCGAAACAGCAUCAUAUUUUUGUACGGUUGCCACGUAGAGUGCCUUUGCACAAUGAGUUUUGCUUUCUAAAAGAAACAAAAUGCUGUGAAAUUUGGACUUUUGUAAUUACUAUUACUAAUUAAUUACUUUAUACAAUCCUGCCAGGAAGAAAAAAAAACAAAUUAAAUUUAGAUUUAUCUGUUGUACUCCAUGCCGACAGUUUUGAUAGAGACAGAGUAGAUGAGUUUCCACAUUCCAAAGAGAUGGGUGAAAUCAGUUCUCUCCCCUCAUACAGUACAUUUUCCAUCUCUUUUUUUAAUUUAUAUUUAAAGCAAAAGCUUCACACAUUGCUAUUUUAUUCAACAUUCACCAGUUCAGGAUAGAAAUAUAAGCACUUCUAGAAUUUAGCUGAUUUCACUUUUAUUAUGUCUUACCAAUAGUGCAGCAAUGGUCUGAGUAAUAUAUGUUAGCACAUGUGAUGUUUUGAAUAUGACCUAUCAUACUGUAUCUUAUAUAACAUCUUUAUACUCAUAACAAAAGGUAUUUUUGCUUUUUUUGUAUCCAGAAACUAUUCACCAAUAAGGCAGUUAAUUACGGUGGUGAUAGGAGUGUUGAAUAUUCAGAAGGCCAUUAUGACUUUUAUUAUCCUUUGUCAUUUUAUUUAUGUUUUAAUGUGUUUUGUCCUUUUCUAUUUCUAGCUGUUUUGUAGCUUUUGUACUUGUUUGAUCACUUUAAAAUCUUCAGACAUUCCUCUUCAAAAGCAGGUGCACAAGGUGCCUCCGCUGCUUAAAAGCUUUAGGUUUUAUAAUGUAGAAAAUCGGCAAACCAGUCGUCUUUUUUAAGUCUACCUUUAACUUCUUUAUAGCUUCUAUGCACACUCUUAUGUUCAGCGAUAAUUUUCUAAUUGAGGGCAUACAAAGUAAAAUCAGGGUGCCUAAGCAUAUAGCAAGUUACUAGUUCAAUACAAGGAUAUUUACCACUAUGUAAUUCUUCUGGCCUUAUGAUUGCAAUGAAAACACUUAUGACAGCUGAGGUACAGUACAUGAUAGCCUCAAUGCAACUCAGUAUGAUAUUAAGACUUGUGAUUUUCAUGUUUAAUUUUUACUGACAUGGUCUUAAGUAGCACAUUCCCUUUCAUAGUUUUUGCGCGACACAAGCUCUGAUAAUAUUAACCAUUUGCCGGGGCAUUAAAUUGAUCAAUGUUACUGCUCAAAAGUCUGACAAUCACAUUCCAUGGCUCCUGAAAAGAGCAGGGGAGCUUGACCAAAAUACUUUGAAGCGUGAUUUAAUGUGACAUUCAUGUUCUUUUUUAAUACAGUGGUUUCAUAAUGCCGUUGUUUUUUUUUUUUGUUGUUUGUUUUUUACAACCUUGUGUCCAUUUUAUGUUUUUUAAAGUUCUUUUAUUUCCAUGUUUAACCAGACACUUGUUGUUUGUGUAGUGCUAAGCCUAUGCAAAACACACUAUCUGUAGUCUCUCUAAACACUCCCAAUGUCAUACAAGUGGGCAGUUUCCAACUGGAUGUUUUAAACAUUGUACCCCUGACUCAACAACAGCAAUAAAGACAUUGAGGUAUUCCA